AUGAAGCUGAUCUUUUUGUAUUUGGUUGUGGCCCUUUGCACCUUCUGCAAAGGAAAACAGAAAAGACAAGCAGGUGGCUUUUUAUUCAGUAGUCUGAACUUUGGUGAUCCAAACAGAAGAAAGAAAUCUCUUGUUGGCUUACUCCUUAACACUGGAUUUAAUGCUCCAGGAGGGACUGAAGAUGGGUCGAGGAAACAUCGAGAUACUGAUAGUUUAGUGUUAAAAGACACUCCAGCAGAGAAAACCAAGUUAGCAAGUGGUUUUGCCAACAGUAUAUGUGGUGGUAUUAAAUUUGGUGGCACUGCUUUAGAUCAAAAUGACAUUGGUAGGGGUCCAUCUGGCCAAAGUGGAUUUGAUGUGAAUGUGGUAAAUGGAUUGGCUGGCUCUAAUUCUGCUGCCAGUGAAACAGCAGAUAAUACCAACCCAAGAAAUAGGGCUGGAUUUAGUAGCAGUGUCUCUGGAAAUUUGGGAUUUGGUUUGGGGGCAUCUGAUCAAAAGGGAUUGGGCAUUGGUAGAGCUGACCAGAGUGAAAUGAGCAGCAGAGGAUCUGCCAGGGGUGAAUCAAUGGGUUUCAGUUUUGAUGCCCAUAGCUCAGUUGGAACUGGGUCUUUUGGUUGGGAACUUGGAAAACAGAAGGGCAAUGCUGCAUUUGGUUUUGGAGCUUCUGGUUCGAGUUCAUUUGGUGGCAGUGGCAUUAAUGGCAAAAUAAAAAUUGAAGGAAAUCAAAUGGGUAGUUCUGAAGGACCCAUUCCCAAUGAUCUAGAUGAUACUGGUUUGAGAAAUCGGAAUACAUUUGUUGGUGAUGGCCCUGGAAAAUCAGAAACCAAUGUAGGGGUUUCUGGUCAACAGGGAUUUGGAAUCAAUGAAAUUGUAGGGACUAAAAUGAGUGGCAGUGGAUCUGCCCGGGCUAGAUUCAAAGGCCUUGGAUCUGAUGCUGGUAGCUCAGGCACCACCAGUGCAAGAAUUGGGAAUAAUUUUGUUGAUGGCAUAUCAGAAAAUUUGAGAUAUGGUUUUGAGAAAUUUGGUCAAAAGGGAUUUGAAAGCAGUGGAUCUGAUUGGAGUGAUAAGAGCAGCAGGGAAUCUGAUGCCAGUGGCUCAGUGGGAAAGUCCUCAUCACUUGAUUUGAGAUAUGGAGAAAGGAAACGUGAAGCUAAAUUUGAUUUUGGAGAUUCUGGUUCAAAUCGAUUUGAUGACAUUGGCCUUAGUGAAAAUAGGGAAGGACUUGGUUUUCUAAUUUUGAAAAUGGAGAAGAAGGGUGAAACUCAAAUCGGUUUUGGAGAUUCUGGUUCAAAUCCAAUGGCCAUAGUGGUGACCCAAGUGCAAGAAAUGGGGAUGGAUGUUCUGGUUGGUACCUCUGAAGGUUCAGGAUUAAAUUUGGGGUCAUCUGAUCAGCAGGGAUUUGGAAUCAGUGGAAUUGGAGAAAACACUUGGUCUUCCAGUUCUGGAAGUGGUAGAGGAAGGAAGGGUGCAGCUGGACUUGGUGGUGGUGCUUCUGGACCAAACGAAUUUGGUGAAACUGGCCUUAGUGGUACAGGUGAAGCUACUACUUGGGGCAAAGGAACAUAUAAAGCUUUCAAUGGUCGCAUCUUUUCCUUUGAGUCUUCCUGCACAUACAGUUUUUGCCAUCAUUGCAUUGAAUCUGGAGGAGAUUUCAAUAUUGAGAUCAAACGAAGGAAUAAUAGUGACUUUGAAAAAAUAGCAGUUAAAAUCGACAAUAAUGAGGUCUCUAUUUUUGGUGAUCGCAUUCUAGUUAAUGAAGAAAGAGUACAGAUACCAUAUGACAAUAAAUUGAUACACAUUAAAAAAUAUGGAGAACAUUAUGUCCUGAAAAGCCGUAGAGGAAUCCUGUCUUUGAUGUGGGACAAAAAUAAGCUCUCACUUGCUCUUCACAAGCAAUAUCCAACUUGUGGUCUUUGUGGUAACUUCAACAGCACUCCAGGAGACAAUAUCAAUGAACACAUUGCCAAUAGUAAAAUUCCUGGUGAUUGUCCCAAAGCUUUUAGUAAAAGCUAUGAAGUCUGUGAAGAUGGCAUAGAGUACUGUGACAAAAUUAUUGGAACUUACUUUGAGAAAUGUAGAAAGGUUGCCGCUUUUUCCAAUGACUACAGAAUGAUCUGCGUUAAUGAUUACUGUGAAAAUAGAGACAAAAAUUCUACGUGUGACACUUAUUCAGAAUUGUCCCGCCUCUGUGCCUCAGACGGUCCUGGCGUCUAUGAAUCCUGGCGAGAUGAUUCUGAUGUGACUUGUGGAGAACCUAGAUGCCCAGAAAAACAUAUCUACAAAGAAUGUGGUCCCUCAAAUCCUGCAACUUGUUCUAAUGUGGCUCCUUUUCAAGAGAGUGAGUGUGUGAAUGGCUGCGUCUGCCCAGAAGGUUAUCUAUUAGAUGAUAUUGGAGAAAAAGGGGAAUGUGUAUUAAAGACCGAAUGUCCCUGUAAUUUACAUGGAAAGAUCUAUAAGUCAGGGGAAGUCCGAAGAGGUCCUUGUGGUUCUCAGUGCACAUGCCAAAAUGCAAAAUGGUCUUGCACUGAAGCAUUAUGUCCCGGAAGAUGUAAGGUAGAAGGAAAUUCAAUCACCACCUUUGAUGGUAUUAAAUACCACCAUCCUGGAAACUGUCACUUUUUGGCCAUCCACCAUAAAGAUUGGUCUAUUAGUGUUGAACUUCGUCCAUGUCCAAGUGGCCAGUCAGGAACGUGCUUAAACAGUGUUACACUCCUCUUAAAUUUG